CUGAAGGACCCCAGGCGGAAGCAAUCUAGCUCUUAUUUGAAAGUAGCAGUAGUCAUUGGCGCUACAUCUUCUACCAAAAGCUACAAAACAAAAUGUCUCUGCCUCCGGCGGUCAAAACACUGUGUGACAACUCUGAGGAGGUCUUCCUGGAUGCGGCCAAGUUGCUGCUUACAUAUGCGGACAACAUUAUAAGGUGUCCAACUGAGGAAAAGUACAGGUCUAUCCGUAUCGGCAACCCCACCUUCUCCACCAAGCUGCUGCCUGUCAAAGGAGCUGUGGAAUGUCUCUUUGAGAUGGGAUUUGAGGAGGCUGAAACCCAUCUGGUCUUCCCCCAGUCUGCAUCAGUGGAGCAGCUGAAGCUCAUCAGGGACUGUAUUGCUGCAGAGCAGGAUCUGAGACUGCGUGGGGGGCGUCCUGUCCGACCUGCUUCUCAGCCUGCUGUGGCCUCAGCGUCAGUACCGGAGAGCUGCGCUGCUGCUUCCAGCCCACCAACAGCGCCAUCUACCCAACAGCCAUCAUCUCUGGAGAGCAGCAUGAGUUUCUUUGUGACUCUUCAGUCCAACUUCCAACAUGUGAUGCAGUAUGAAAACCCCGAGCUGCAGCUGAAAGCCAGAAGCAUCAUUCCUCACCACCAGCUGUCCUCCUCUGCUCAACACAAGCUGAAGGAGCUGAAGGAGGCUGACCCAGAAUGUAAGCUGGGAAUAGAAGACUGCUUGGUGCUGGAGCUGCUCCGGUGGUUCAAGCAGGAUUUCUUCUCCUGGGUGGACUGCUUGCCCUGCAGCCAGUGUGGGGGCCCCACCAAACACGGUCCGGCCCUUGGCCCCACGGCAGAGGAACUGCGCUGGGGAGCUCAGCGAGUGGAGAACCACUACUGUCAGAGCUGCCAGCUUUCUACCAGAUUCCCUAGGUAUAAUCACCCUGAAAAGCUUUUAGAAACCAGGAGGGGGCGCUGUGGAGAGUGGGCCAACUGUUUCACUUUGUGCUGCAGAGCCAUGGGCCUCGAGGCCAGGUACAUCUGGGACAGUACAGACCACGUGUGGACAGAGAUUUACUCAGUGUCUCAGCAUCGCUGGCUGCACUGCGACUCAUGUGAGAACGUCUGUGAUAAGCCUCUGCUGUAUGAAAUCGGCUGGGGAAAGAAACUGGCUUACAUCCUGGCUUUCUCCAAGGACCAGGUGGUUGAUGUGACAUGGAGAUAUUCCUGCAAACAUUCUGAGGUUUUGUCAAGGAGAACCAGGGUGCAGGAGGCUUGGCUGCUACACACCAUAAAUGGCCUCAAUGCUGCUAGACAGCAAUCCGUGAGUCCAGACAGGAAGAGGGAACUAACAGAGAGGCUGCUUGCUGAGCUAGUGGAGUUCAUUUCACCAAAGACACCCAAACCUGGAGAACUGGGAGGCCGCAGCUCUGGGUCUUUGGCCUGGAGGAUGGCGCGUGGGGAAACCAGAGCAGCUGAUAAAAAGGUAUCCACACAGACUGAAGCUUUUGUGUUCACGCCGACUGAUGAAGAAAAGAAGGCCAGAUUGCUUCACGUGCGCUACAGUGCCCCAAAGGACCAGUACUGUCGGGUGUCCAACUCCUCUGAAAUAAUCCCAAACUGGGAUCAGUGUGUGUGGACAAAGGAGUCCGUCUUCAGGAAAGUGGAGAAUGACUGGAAGAUGGUUUACAUUGCACGAACAGAAGGCUCUACUGUUGGAAGAAUCAGCUGGAAGUUUGACUUUGCUUCAGCUGGGUUGAAGAUUCAUUCUGUCUCCAUCAUGGCCAACAGCAAAACCUUCCAGUCUGGCAAAGUCUGCUGGAGUUUGCAGUCGGGACAGAUGACAACUGAGUUUUCUGGCGAUGGAAGACUCCAGUCGUUCUCCAGCCUGUCUGGAUCUUCAGAGCUGAUUGUGGCAGCAGAACUCAGUGGGGGAGACGGGGACACCUCAUGGCAGCACUCUCAGUUAUUCAGACAGGGCUUGAACGAACAAGAGGCAUCAUUUGAAGUCGUCAUCCAACUACAAGAUGCAUAAUCUUUGUUUUUACUUUAAAUGUGACCAUUUCUUCCCACUUUUAAUUGUCCAUGUCUAGCUUGGAACAAACAUAAUCUGUAUACAGUUAACAUUGUCAGAGAGAAUAGUGCAAUAUUUAAAAAAGUGUGUGAUCUGAUAGUAGAUGAAUGAAUGGAUAUGCCUGUUGCAUAUUUUCCAAUUAUUUGGUUUGGGGCAUUAACUCAUAAAUGAGGUACAAAUGUAACCAGAAGCCAUACAGUUUUGGAAUAUUUUCUUUCAAUGUUAAAAUGUAUUUACAAUUUGAGGUUCAAGGGCAAGCCCAUCACAAUUCUGAUAUUUUUUGUUAGUAAUAAAAGUCUUAUUUGCA